AUGUUGGAAUCAAUACAGGCACCCCUCCGACAAACGUUUGAGGACCACCGCUCCCUCUCCAUCCUCGCCUUCUACCUCUCCCUCUGCGCCACCCUAGCAUUGAACAUAUGCAUAAAAAUUUACAGGCGUUAUAAGAUCCGAAAAGCCCGGGCAAGCUGGAGCUCCACCCACGGUCCCAUAUUCACCCUUUUCCUUAUCCUCGCGGCCGUCAGUCUUGCGACAACAUGGUACUACAUGUUCGCGUUCUUCCAACAUUCUUAUAACAGCUGGCUUGCGGAACAGGCAUCUGCACAGCAGGCAUUGAGUGAGGCAGAAUCGUACCCGGUAAAAUGGGAGCUGUGGCUGCGAGACCGCAAGCUAUUCCGGGAAGCGUGGGAGAGUGUCUCUGAGACCCCAGCGAAGUUCUGGUGGAGCGGACAGAUCUUCUUGUGGACAAUAGGAUGGAGCUUGUUUCUGGGGGUAAUGAGUCGCCGAUAUAAUAUCCCCAACGUGUGGGUGUACAUGCUGCUCGGACAAAUCGUCGCAAUAUCCUUCGCACAAAAUCUCUUCUUCGCUACAGUCCUCGUCUCGAAUCCGAGUACCAUUCGAGGUGCGAAAACGUCAUGGACCCCUCCAGCAAUCCUCGAGCUCGCACCCGUCGUGAUAUCUUUCCUCAGCGCCGCGCUUAUACCCUUCGUCGCGAACACGUCGUACUUCAUGCCCGUUCUUGCGGUUCCUCAUCUUCUUCUAUUUAUACCGGGCUUAUUGUCGCCAAGGAAUCUCCCGCUGGGCUGGGGAACACUGAUCCAGCUCCAACGCAAUGGAGCAAUCCAAAUUCCCGUCUCUGCAGACAUUGGGCACACAAUAGUGCAUUUCUUAUAUACUGGCAAAUGGCAGACCAUCGACUCGAGAACGGCUCUCCAACAUACAUUCAUGGAAAGGGAAUACCAAAGAUGCGUGCAAGUCUACCAUGCAUCGAUAAAAUACGAUCUCUCUGAGCUCAAGACCAUGGCCGAAAAGUAUAUUGAAUAUUUUGGGAGUGGAUACUCAGCCAUGGAACUUUUGCGUUUGACGACGGAGGUUUUCUCUGAGCUCCCCGAAGAUGAAUUUUGGCUUCCAAAAUUCGUUACGAAUAUGCUCCAAGAAAUGGCCAGUUGUGGGAAGCCAAAGGUCAAUAUUCGUGAUAGUUCCACUGUGAGCAAGGCCGGCAGCUUGGCGAUCAUGGCGGCAGUCAUUGAGGCUCAGUCAUCGCACAUAAUGGAGCUGGAAAGUCGCAUUACCUUCCAGAUCAGGACUGGGGUCACCAGGCGCGACCAUGGUCCAGGAUAUUACCCGUAUCUAUAUAAUCCUUAUCCCAGGUAUCCCCGGCCGGUAUCGCCCAGCUCAGCGGCAAAUUCUACUUCCCCUCGCGCUCCUCGCUAUCACAGGCCUGCAUCUACCAGUUCAGCGGCAUAUUCUGCCUCCCCUCGCGCUCCUCCCUAUCACAGGCCUGCGUCUCCCAGUUCAGCGGCAUACUCUGCUUCCGUUGGCGCUCGCCGCUAUGCCAGGUCUGCAUCUCCCAGCUCGGAAGGGUCUGACGUGGUCGGGGAAUCGGUUAUCACUCCCGAUGAAUCCUCUGAGGACUCUGCCCCCACCCAAGACUGUUUUUCUGUGGAGGUUACUAAAGAUAGGAGCCAUGAGAAGGAGGGGACUGGCCGUCCAGACAGCCCUGUCCUGAAAGAACCUGUCACAGUGUUUGUCUACGAGGAGUCUGUUGUCGAAGCCGUCGAGGCUUCUGUCUAUGAAGAGUCCAUCGCCGAGAACUCUGUGAACGAAGAAGCUUUUACUGAGGAACGUCAACCUGUCGACGAGGAGUCUGUCGAGGAAUUUAUCUAUGAAGAGCCUACUUGGGACGAGCCUGCUGCCGAAGAACCUGCUCCCGAGGAGUCUGUUCCAGUGGAGAUCGUCGCCGAGCCGAUUGCUCUUGAAACCAACCGGCCCCACUCUCUGCUGCUAAACUCAGAUUUGUAUAAAGAUUGGAAGACCCUCUCCCCGAAGAAACGGCGAAUGAGGACCAAAAGGCUCGUGCGUCAAGGUCUGCCCGUCCCAGACAAGGAUGGAGUCAUUUCAAUAACUUUGGCCUAA